AUAACGAGACAUGUUAUAUAGAUUAUUAAUUUAAUAUAUAUAUAUAUAUGUACUUGUAGAGCUUGUGUGAUAGACUAGUGAAAUAUGGAGGUGAAGAAAGAUGAGAACAGUUUAAUAGAAAGCAUGAAUCAGGAGGUUAAUCAGAAUAUAAAAGAAGAAGAAGAAGAAGAGGAAGAGAUUCUCAAGAAGAGAAUCUCAAGCCACCCUUUGUAUGGGCUUCUGCUUCGCUCACAUCUCAGUUGUCUAAAGGUGUGUUCCGGCGACUUUGACUCACCGGAGAUUCUGAACACGGCAGAUGAUCCUCAUGAUGCCCUAGCCAAACUCUCUCUCCACUCUGAUCCUUCCACGGAAGCUACCUCUACAGAACUUGAUCAAUUCAUGGAAGCGUAUUGCUCGAGCCUACGGGAGCUGAAGGAAGCCUUGGAGAAGCCUCUCAUCGAAACGCAACGUUUCGUGGAUGCGGUGUACGCUCAGAUAAACGACAUCGUUCUGUCGUCACCCCCUUAAAAAAGGCGAAACAUGACAAUUGUUCGGUCAUCGGUGUUAUCAUGUUACCACAUUUGGCUAAAUUACUUAUGUACUCGCGUUUCAUUGUGCUGGGUUAUUGGAACGCUUUUGUAGAAUCGUUUUAAUGGUAAUCACAAUUAAAAA